UUUUACUCUGUCGUAAACACAACAUUUAGUAAUUAAGACGCCGAUGGAAAAUUAAGCUCUGUAAAUACCGUAGCGGAGGCUUUUUGGGGUUGCCGGCGAAGCAAUUCGUUAAUUCUCCAUGGAUAUGGAGAAGAAAGAGGGUGAAGCCUCCCUGUUGUGGUUCGAAACCUCGGACUCUGUUUGUCGCCGACACCAGUUUGAACCCGAUGGUCGACUGUCCGCUGUGAUUGUUGGUGAUUCCAGGCCCUUCUACCAAAGGGUGGUUGGAGCUUUCAUGAAUAAAUUUUAUCCCUCGGGAUAUCCAUACAGUGUGAAUGAAGGCUACCUUAGAUACACACAGUUUCGAGCCCUGCAACAUGUUACCAGGGCAGCGCUAUCGGUGCUAUCAACUCAGUCCUUACUAUUUGCUGCAGGGUUGCGGCCCACUCCUGCACAAGCGACAGCUGUUAGUUGGAUUUUGAAGGAUGGAAUGCAACAUGUGGGGAAGGUGAUCUGUAGCAAUUGGGGUGCUAGAAUGGAUUCUGAGCCUAAACGUUGGAGACUGCUAGGUUUGCAUGUGGGCUGCUUUAUACUUUUUGCAGCUGAUGUUCUCUAUGAUAUAGGCAUUGGCUUGGAAGUGCUUUCUCCAUUAUGCCCACAUCUUUUUCUUGAAGUGGCAGGCUUAGGAAAUUUUGCAAAGGGGAUAGCAGUUGUUGCAGCAAGAGCAACAAGGUUGCCCAUAUAUUCUUCAUUUGCUAAAGAAGGAAAUCUCAGCGACCUAUUUGCUAAAGGAGAGGCUUUCUCAACUCUCUUUACUGUUAUAGGAAUUGGAGUUGGAAUUCAAUUAGCAUCUACUAUCUGCGCAUCAAUGCAGGGAAAGUUGGUUGCGGGUCCUCUCCUUUCAAUUAUACAUUUAUACAGCGUGUCUGAAGAAAUGAGAGCAACUCCUAUCAAUACCUUGAAUCCACGAAGAACUGCAAUGGUGGUGGAUGAUUUUCUCAAGGCAGGAGUUGUAUCAAGCCCUUCUGAUCUAAGAUAUAGGGAAAAUUUGCUGUUUAAUCUGCAACUCAAAGAAGAUACGGGAAAUGUAAAAGUGGGGAAGGCUAUGCACAAGACCAUUAAGCCUUCCAGGCUUCUUGAAUUGAAACAAGUGUUCCAUGAGGAGAAGUUUCUUUUAAACUUAGGGAAUAAAGGCGUUGACAUGGUAUUGGAGCAAGAUGCUAGUGGUGAAGAUGCAUUGAGAGGGUGGCUAGUUGCUGCAUAUGCUGCACAAGUUGUGAGUUCCUCUCGUCAUGAGCUCAGUGCUAGUGUCAUGCACGAGGCUUAUCAUAAAAUGAAUGGUGUGUUUCCUAUAUUCUUGAAAGAAUUACAGAACAAAGGGUGGCACACUGAUCGGUUUUUGGAUGGAACUGGGAGCCGUUUUGCAUUAUAAUGCCCCUAAAAAUUUCCAUGUUGCACAACUUCGUUUGCCUCGUGAGUUUAUAUCUAGCCACAAAUUCAUAUUAUAAUUAUACCCAAUGUUUUAUUUGGUUAAUUUGAUAACUUCAAACUUAGUAACGCCUUAUUUUCUUGCUCAUUCUUUUUCAAACGGGAGAAAGCAAAAGUUGUUCAAAUGAGUAUUGUCAGUUCUAUUUGCUAGCCAGUGGAUAGAACUUGAGCUUGUUUAUGUAAUACAACAAAGUGUGAUUGACUACUUAUUGAGUUGUGCUUGACAAAUAUAUGUAUGUUUCUGUUUCUUGUUCA